CCGAAUUCGAAUUCCAACCCUAAUUCGAAUUCCAACCCUUCCUGGAUCUGCCAAAACAAACGGGCCUAAGAGCAAACGGGAAAACCUAUAUAUAUUUGUCUUCUCCACACGGCAGUGCUCCAUCACAAAACGCUCUCUCUCUCUCUCUUUCUCUCUCUCUUUCUCUCCUUCUCCUCCUAUCGACACCGAUUAUUUCUCCGUCGCCGAUCAUACUAUUCAAUUUUUUUGUUAUACCACCCCCACUAUGAUCAUUGUUCGUUCGGGUAGCGAUACAGCUGUGGGACCCCGCAGAUGGAAUGAGGAUGAACAUCUCUUGAUUGAUGAUGUUUCUUCCCACCUUGGUUCUCUUUAUACCUGGCCUCUGCCAAAUGCCUCCUUCUAUGCUGUUUUCGAUGGUCAUGGCGGCUCUGAAGCCGCCACUUAUCUCAAGGACAAUGCCAUGAGAUUUUUCUUUGAAGAUGUUGAUUUGCCUCAUACCGACGAUGACGACUCUUUCUUGAAAGAGUUGGAGGACUCUCAUCGCAGAGCCUUUUUGCGUGCUGACCUUGCCCUGGCUGACGACUCCUCCCAUGUUUCCUCCAAUUGUGGCACCACUGCCCUCACUGCCCUAGUAGUUGGCAGGCAUCUUCUAAUCGCAAACGCUGGCGACUGUCGUGCUGUUCUCUGUAGGAAUGGAGUUGCAUUGCAGAUUUCUAAUGAUCACAGGCCUACAUAUUUGCCAGAACGACAAAGGGUUGAAGAGCUGGGUGGAACCAUCAAGUUUGGGUACCUUAAUGGUGAACUCGCAGUGACCCGCGCUCUUGGAGAUUGGCAUCUGAAACGUCCUUUUGGGUCUGCCUCGCCUCUCACUGCGGAGCCAGAUAUUCACAGAAUCCUGUUAACCGAGGAGGAUGAGUUUUUGAUCUUGGCUUGUGAUGGAGUCUGGGAUGUUAUGUCAAAUGAGGAAGCAGUAGACAUUGUUCGUGAUCAGCUGAGGCAACAUCACAACCCACAACAGUGUGCUACAGAACUCGUUGAUCAUGCAUCAUGCCUUUAUAGCAAAGACAACCUCACAGCCAUUGUUGUGUACUUCAGUUACGAUGGGGAUCACAAGAGGCCUGCCUUUCACACCUAUGUGAGGCAGAAGCGCAAGACUGUUUGUAUUUAGGCUUAUGUUUGGGACUUGGUUAAGUAAUUUUGUUAAUUUUGGGAUUUGAUGUUAGCUGUUUUCAAAGUUGAGAAAUACUUUUGAUAUUGAUUUUGAGAAUUGAAAUUUGAAAACUUUUAUUCAUCUAUUUCCAUUGCCUA